UGUAGCUACAGGUAGUGCUCCUGCAGGAAGAUGGCGACGGAUAAACAGAAACAUGAAGGCAGGGUAAAGAUUGGACACUACAUACUCGGGGACACCCUCGGGGUCGGCACUUUCGGAAAAGUUAAAGUUGGAAGACACGAGUUGACAAAGCACCAAGUUGCUGUGAAGAUCCUGAACCGACAGAAAAUCCGCAGCCUCGAUGUAGUUGGAAAAAUUCGCAGAGAGAUUCAGAACCUCAAGCUUUUUAGGCAUCCACAUAUAAUUAAACUGUAUCAAGUGAUCAGCACACCAACAGAUAUUUUCAUGGUAAUGGAAUAUGUUUCAGGUGGAGAGCUCUUCGACUAUAUAUGCAAGAAUGGAAAGCUGGAUGAAAAGGAGAGUAGGCGUCUCUUCCAACAGAUCAUCUCGGCUGUGGAUUACUGCCACAGACACAUGGUGGUGCACAGAGAUCUCAAGCCAGAGAACGUGCUGCUUGAUGCACAGAUGAAUGCAAAAAUUGCAGAUUUUGGUCUUUCAAACAUGAUGUCAGAUGGGGAGUUUCUAAGAACCAGUUGUGGUUCUCCAAAUUAUGCUGCUCCAGAAGUUAUUUCAGGAAGGUUGUAUGCUGGUCCAGAGGUGGAUAUCUGGAGCAGCGGGGUGAUCUUGUAUGCCUUGCUGUGCGGGACUCUCCCAUUCGAUGAUGACCAUGUGCCAACCUUGUUCAAGAAGAUCUGUGAUGGCACCUUUUACACCCCACAGUACCUGAACCCCUCUGUUACUGGCCUUUUGAAGCACAUGCUUCAAGUGGACCCCAUGAAGAGAGCUACCAUAAAGGAAAUCCGAGAGGAUGAGUGGUUCAAACAGGAGCUCCCUAAAUACUUGUUUCCUGAGGAUGCAGCCUACAGCAACACCAUGAUCGAUGAUGAAGCCCUCAAGGAAGUCUGCGAGAAGUGUGAGUGCACUGAGGAGGAGGUGCUUAGCCUCCUGUACAGCAGGAAUCACCAUGACCCUCUGGCCGUGGCCUAUCACCUAAUCAUUGACAAUCGGAGGAUCAUGAAUGAAGCCAAGGACUUCUACCUGGCCAGCAGCCCACCAGAGUGCUUCAUGGAUGAGCACCAAAUGGCGGCCUCCAAGCCACACCCAGAGCGAGUGCCAUUCGUGGUAGCUGAAGCGACCCCAAGGCCUCGCCACACGCUGGAUGAACUAAACCCACAGAAGUCCAAGCACCAAGGAGUGCGGCGAGCCAAAUGGCAUCUUGGGAUCAGAAGUCAAAGCCGACCCAAUGACAUAAUGGCUGAAGUUUGCAGAGCAAUGAAACAGCUGGACUAUGAGUGGAAGGUUGCAAACCCAUAUUAUUUGCGUGUCCGGAGAAAGAACCCAGUGACAGGAAUGUACACUAAAAUGAGUCUGCAGCUCUACCAAGUUGACAGCAGGACCUACCUCCUAGACUUCCGGAGCAUUGAUGAUGACAUGUCUGAGGUUAAAUCUGGAACAGCUACCCCUCACCGGUCAGGAUCGAUUGGUAACAAUCAGAUGUCACUGAAGAAUGGAGCUGGUGAUGCCACGGUGAAAGGCGAAGAUGGGUCUUUAACGUCCUCUUUGACAUCGUCAGUUGACUCCUCAAGCGGCGACACAGCUCCAAGACCAGGGAGUCACACAAUAGAGUUCUUUGAAAUGUGUGCUAAUCUUAUUAAAGUACUUGCACGGUAAACUUUUUUUUGGCAUUAGCCUACGAGUGUCUUUACAGCAAUAAGCAUGCACCAGAUUCAUGGCUUAAUGCUUCCAGCGUGGAUGUAGUUGUCGUUUUGUGGCACUGAAGCAGUUGGCCCCAGUAAAGCUGGGUCUAGCUUGGGGUGGGAAGGUUAUUUAACUAUAAAUGCUAAGCCACUUUAUAGUAAUAUAGAUAUUUUAAAUUCAUAUACCCAUUUCUUGCUCAAGAAUUGAAGUAUUAAACCCCAGUAUUAAAUGCAGGAAUGUAUUCCAAUCAUAUGUAUUGGAUGACGGUGCUGCAAAAUGAACACUCUCCAGACAGCAUUGAAAGUGACAGUUUGAUCUUUAGUUGGUAUGCCAUUUUGCAACACUGCAGAAAUGUAUUUCUGUGCAACAUAUUUCCCUGUAGGUUUUAUAUAUAAUGCAUACAUAGUUUGAAUCUGAAUACAUGUAUCAGAGCUUUAAAUGGGGAUCCAAUAUGUUUUUGAAAAUAUGGAUUAUAUCGUAUAUAUGGACGUGUUUUUUUUUUUUUUUUGCAUUUUGUAAUUUAUAUAGCUGGAUAUAACAUUUUAUCCUUGUACUGAUGUGUUUGAAAAAUCAUUACAGCCAAAUAUUAGAUUUUUUUUCUUUAAUUUUAAUCAUACACAACUAUUUUUGAUAAUGUUUUCCUUUUAUGGUAAAAAAUGAUAAUUUUUUAGGCUAAAUACAUACUUGAACUGGUUUCAUCAAAGGUCAUGACAGUUAACUUCCAUUCCAGAUUGUUAUAUAAUAAUAUCACUGUUUUUAUGUAAAUUAUUAGCCGCACAGAGAAAUGUGCUUGUCUAUAAAUCUUCUAGAUUUUGUUUUGUUAAAACCUUUAAAAGCCUGGCUAAAUCAGUGGUGCCGCGUUUAAACCAAUUUUGACCAACCCUGCUGAAAGUCUUAAUCUAAAAUAAUUUUAUUGUCAAGAAUCAUUUUUAUGUAAGUGACAGUUGACAAAAUUGAAUUUCAGCCUUCUGUUUUUUUGCCUGUUCUUGCUUUGGCCUUGUUUAAAAUUAAGCUUGAAUAUGAUUAUCCAUUUACUUGAUUUAUUUUUAAAGAGUUUUUAUCAUAAAGGUUUGGAUUUUUAAAGCAGACAGAUCCAUUUAUAUAUAUCGCCUUUUCUUUAUUUUUCCAUGGCAAGGACAAGCUAAAUCCAGAUGGAUAUAAAUGAUGCAGAACUUUGCCUGGGUUCAUGCCUUUAACAUAUUCCGUAGGAAGCCCCUUGGUAGUUACUGAAGAGAUCUUUAAAGAACUGUGUGAGGAAUGCCAGUAAUUAUCAAUUUUUCUCAGCAAGUUAGUUGUUACACAAUUCCAUCCUGUCCAGGAAAGUUACCCAAGUUCUGCUUUUGAAAUGAGGACAACAUUUUUUUGGUUUCUUUUUGUGUGCGUGUGUGUUGAAUAAUUUCAAUUGAAUUGGAGCUAAACAUUCUGGGAGAAAACCGUUUUAACAGUUGAAGCCCUUUGUAUAUCUUUAGUUUUAUACUGGUUAAAUUUAAUUGUAUUUAGAGCUGCACAUGUACUAUGUGCUAGGAAGUUCUUUCAACUAUUUUAGGCUAUAAGAGCUGCUGUGGUUAACUUACAUGUACGCUUUUCAAUUUGACAAACAAAAUCCUAAACCAGCCCUUGCAUUGCUAGUAAAAUACCAACUUUCUUCUAAUUCAUGCCAGUAACAUUAUGAAUUAAGUCUGCGGUUCACCUGUUGUAUUCUUGAGCAUACGAUCAGAUGUGUAGUGGUUGACAAUAGCAAAACAUCCAACAUUUAUGCGGUUAUUUUGUCAAAAUGAACAGGCUCCCGAAAUCAUUUUAUAAGAACAGCCUCAACAGUACUCUUUAUACGAACUAUUUUAGGCACGUCAUCUUUAUUUUAUUUUAAUUAUCUUUUGUUCAAAGUUUUUAUUUUUUAUUUUUUUUAACCACUUGAUUGACAGAAAUAUAGAUGGAGUGAUAAAAAUAGGUGACCAGUCUCAAAAUAAUCAUUAUUUGACACAUUGUAAAAUUACUUCAAUUGGGUUUUAAUGUAAAGAGAACCUACAUGAUUGACCAAUGUAAUUUUUACUUUAGGGUGUUUUAAAUCAUUAUGUGCAUAAAACUGCCUAAUAAAAAAAAUUGC